GGUUUUUUGGCUUCUUUUGCCUCUGUUUUUCCGGUUAGAGUAACUCGAUCAGAGGCCGUUGUCGGCGUCAGAGGGAGUUCGGCAAUCUUUACUUUGAAAGAUCCAUUUGUUGUUAGAAGUUCUGCUAAAAAUCGGCCGUUCUACGCAUUCAAAUCGUUUUUUUAUAGAUUGGAAACAAAGCCCCGAUUUAAUUGUUUUCGCCUGAUCCUCUGAAGAUUUAUUCAUCAAGGAGAUCUGUAUUUUUUGUUUGAUCUCUAAAGAGAAGCGCUGCAGAACUUAUGCGCAUAGCUGGAUCCAAUCGCUACUACUUCUUGAACCCUAACGAGAAAGAAAUCCUAGCUAAGAUGAAGAAGGAGGGGUCUCCGGUAGAGGAUAUAGAGGAAGGGGAGAUUUCGGGAGGAGAGGUUUCUGAUUCGGAGUCAGUCGAAGAGAUUACCGAGCAAGAUUUUAAAAAUGACGCUAAAGGAGGAUCGAAAGAGACAACAGGAGAACCGAAACAGUCUCCUAAAGGAGGAGAAUCUAGGGCUUGGUAUCAGUAUCCUGUGACAAGUGGUUAUGGCUCUGGUUUUCAUAAUCUUGCGUGGGCGCAGGCAGUUCAAAAUAGACCUCUUGAUGAGGUCUUCGUGAGGGAUUUUGGAUCUGAUGAGAAGUUGGUGAGAUCUGUGUCUAAACCAAUGAUAAAUAGCAGAGAAGACAAUAAUAAUAACAACAGAAGUUUAAAUUCUUCUUCUAAGGAGGUUUGUAACUUAAUAAGCGAUGACAGUAGUGAGGAAAUUGAUAGUAAGAUGGCUGUAGUUGGUGAAGAUGAAAAGGAGGAGGGUGAAUUGGAGGAGGGAGAGAUUGAUUUGGACUCAGAGAUGGUUGAGUCGGGACAUAGUAUUGAAAUUUCCAGUGAUGGUCAGUCUAACGCGGAGAAGGAUUUGAAAGAGAAGGAGUUUGAGAAAAGGCUUAAUUCAAUUCGAGAAUGUUUAGAGACUGUAACUGUAAAAGAAGCUGAUAAAUCUUUUGAUGCUAUCUGUUUCCGAAUGCGAACGUCUCUGGAGAGCUUGCAAGCAAUGAUUUCGGAGAACCGUGUCCCUGCCAUGGAUGAUCUUAUUGAGCAAUCUUUUACUGGAAUUCAGACGAUUAAUUCUGUUUAUUGUUCCAUGACCCCUCAGCAGCAGGAACAAAAUAAGGACAUUUUUUCUAGGUUGAUUGUACAUUUAAAGAUCCAAGAACCUGUUCUUUUUUCACCUGAUCGCAUGAAAGAGAUAGAGUCCAUGGUGCGAUCCUUGGAUUGUCCGUCUGCUUUAUCAAAUAUAAAGGUUCUGAAUCAAGAGAAAGAAGCACUGGUGGGUGUCCGGGAAAAUAUAAAAAAUUCUUCAAUUUUAUCUGAAAAAGCUGGUAAUGGUGUGGAUUUUUCAAAGAAGUUUCAGUUGGAGCCAAUGCCUGUUAAAUAUGGGGAUUGGGAUAAUUUGAAUACGAGGUCUGAGACUUCAAAAGCUGGGUUAUCAUUUGGCUCUAGGAGUAGAAUUGGCUUUGGUCCCCUUCUGGACCUUCACAGGGAUCAUGAUGCAGACAGUCUUCCUUCACCUACAAGGAAGGCUCCACCACCUUUGCCCAUGCAAAAACCGCUGUCUAUUUCAGAUGGGACACCUAGAUCAGAUUUAGUGACAAACAUUGUGGAAGAUAAAAUGGAUGACACGGCUUUGCAUCCUUAUGAAACUGAUGCCCUGAAAGCUGUUUCUACCUAUCAACAGAAAUUUGGACGAACUUCAUUGCUUUUGAGUGAUCGGCUCCCAAGUCCAACUCCUUCGGAGGAGUGUGAUGAUGGAGAUGGUGAUAUUAAUGGGGAGGUUUCUAGUUCUACAACUGUUGGUGGUGUUGCAACCAUAAAUUCAUCUACUUCAUUGAAAACUGUUAGUUCAGCCACUUCUUAUGCUGAUAACUUGAGUGGGCAAGGACUAGUUCCUGCUGUUAGUGUUGGACAGUUGGGUUCUAUGUCAAGUCAUGUCAUAAGAACCGCAAAGAAUAGAGACCCUAGACUUCGGUAUGCCAACUCUGAAGUUGGUCCUUUGGAUUUAAAUCAACGCCCCCCAUCUGGAGAUCAUGACAUACGUAAGAGUGAGCCCCUGGGUGGAAUUAUGGGUUCGAGGAAGCACAAGAUUGUUGAAGAGUCUCUGUUGGAUGAUCAUACAUUUAAAAGGCAAAGAAAUGGAUUGAUAAAUUCUGGGGCUUCUGGAGAUGUUCAAGUGGUAUCUGGAAGUGGGGGGUGGUUAGAAGAAAGCAGUUCUAUGGGGCUACAGCCAACUGACAGAAGUCGACUGAUUGAAAAGAGAGAAAGCGAUCCUAGGAAAUUGGGAAGUGGGGAAGCUAGUUUUGGCAACAAGCAGGACACUGGUUGCAGUACUUAUAAUGUGACAACUGGUGGGAAUGAACAAUUAACAGCAUCUGGUAUUGGCAGUACAGUGUCAUUACCUUCUCUCUUGAAGGAUAUUGCUGUAAACCCAACCAUGUUGAUGCAUCUGAUUAAAAUGGAACAUCAAAGAUUAGCAGUAGAAGCUCUGCAGAAGUGUGGCAAUCCUGCUCAGAGCACGAUGCAGUCAUCCAGUUCAAGUGUGAUGCCAGGAAAAAUUGCUUCAGUAAAUAUUGCUUCAAAAACACUCUCAGAGCCUGAGAAAAAAUCUGCAGGAAAUUCUCAGAUUUCUGUCCAAACAGCGUCGAUGAUCCCUCACGGUGAUUUGGGGAAAAUUCGCAUGAAACCCCGUGAUCCUCGCCGUAUUCUCCACAGCAAUACUUUUCAAAAGAGUGACAGCUCUGGACCUGAGCGAUUCAAAGCAAAUGGUACCCCUUCACCGAAUACUCCGACUUGCAGGGACAACUUAAUUGUUCGUCAGCAAGGCGAACAGGCCCAGACAAAUUCCUUGCUCUCUCAGUCAACUGCACCACCAGAUAUUGCCCAGCAGUUCACAAAGAAGCUGAAAAAUAUUGCCAAUAUUUUAUCUGCUUCUCAAGCAAUUAAUACCCCCUCUGUAGUUCCUCAGACCAUCUCUUCCCAACCAGUACCUGCUAAGAUGGAUAAGGUGGAUAUGAAAGUUGUAGCAACAGACUCUAAUGACCAGCGAAGUUGGAGUGCUUUGACACCUGAAGAAAGGGCAGCUGGCCCUUCAUCACAGAAUGCAUGGGGAGAUGUUGAGCAUCUAUUUGAAGGCUAUGAUGACCAGCAGAAAGCUGCUAUCCAAAGAGAAAGGGCAAGGAGGAUAGAAGAACAAAACCAAAUGUUUGCAGCUCGGAAGCUUUGCCUUGUCUUGGAUCUGGAUCACACUCUUCUUAAUUCAGCCAAGUUCGUCGAAGUAGACCCUGUGCAUGAAGAGAUGCUGAGAAAGAAGGAAGAGCAAGAUCGAGAAAAACCGCAAAGGCAUCUCUUCCGUUUUACUCAUAUGGGAAUGUGGACAAAACUGCGACCGGGAAUAUGGAAUUUUCUCGAGAAGGCUAGUAAACUUUAUGAGCUGCACCUUUAUACAAUGGGCAACAAGCUAUAUGCAACAGAGAUGGCAAAGGUGCUUGAUCCAACUGGAGUUUUGUUUGCUGGGCGAGUUAUUUCAAGGGGUGAUGAUGGUGACCCUUUUGAUGGUGAUGAGAGGCAGCCUAAGAGUAAAGAUUUGGAUGGGGUUUUGGGUAUGGAAUCAGCUGUGGUAAUCAUAGAUGAUUCUGUAAGAGUCUGGCCUCAUAACAAGCUGAACUUGAUAGUUGUUGAGAGAUAUACUUAUUUCCCUUGUAGCAGACGUCAAUUAGGACUUCAUGGUCCUUCACUUCUUGAGAUCGACCAUGAUGAGAGACCAGAGGAUGGGACUCUAGCGUCCUCCUUGGCGGUGAUCGAGAGAAUACAUCAGAACUUCUUCUCACACCAGAACUUGAAUGAUGUGGACGUUAGAAACAUCCUUGCUGCAGAGCAACAAAAGAUAUUGGCUGGUUGUCGUAUAGUAUUCAGCAGGGUGUUUCCAGUUGGUGAAGCCAACCCCCAUCUCCACCCACUUUGGCAAACAGCCGAACAAUUUGGUGCUGUGUGCACCAAUCAGAUAGAUGAACAGGUCACUCAUGUAGUUGCCAUUUCUCUUGGAACUGACAAGGUGAAUUGGGCCUUGUCUACGGGAAGAUUUGUUGUCCACCCUGGCUGGGUGGAAGCGUCUGCUUUGCUGUAUCGGAGGGCGAAUGAGCAUGAUUUUGCCAUUAAGUUAUAAAAAAUCUCCCCCCUCCCCGAAUUCAUAACCCCAGAUCCCCACGGGUAAAAGUAAAACUGAUUAAACGGUAAUAUCAAAAAUUGAAUCAAGACGGAAUUGGGGCUGGUUGAGGUUGGAUAAGAUUAAGAUUGAGCUGGUGCAGCAUGCUCAGCCUGGUGUUGGUCAUAGUUGACAUGCAAGAUAUAAAUAUGCCCCAAAUUAUCCCUUCACCCAAGAGGAUCUCAUGCUAAUCUUAUUGCUGUGGGGGGAUUGUGGUGAUCGGACAAUACAAAACAUUUUGGGGCAAGAAAUUCAAAAUCUGAUAGAAGACUUCCUUGUAGGGUUUAUGAGAUACGAGUGGGUGCAAGGAAGUGGCUGACCUGGGUGAUUGUUGGGUUGGAGGGGCUUUGAAAGUUAUCUUUCUAACUUGGUUAUUAAGAUGAGGUUUCCAGGGCUCUAAAAGUGCCUGAUAUGAUAUAAUCAUCCCGAGACGCAACCAUGUAAUGGCACCAAAGUAUCAAACAUCCCAAAGAGGGGGAAAAAAGACCAAGACAGAUUUCGGAAAGUAAGAAAUCUUAUAUAUGACGAAUUGGUUGGGCAUUUUAAAUUAACAGAAUUCAAUUUUCAGUAUUAGUUUCAUGUCGGAACUCAAUUUGCAUUCUUAAUAUGCUUUUCCAACCGUAUUGAGGUAUGAACAAAGUCUGUUUCGAUUGGGGUUGCAAUGCAAAUGUAGUCGGUAAAGGAUUUGAA